CACAAAUAAUCAGUGUAAUCUGGUGAGGGAGAUGUGUUACUUCUGGUACGUUCAGGGCCUCGUCGCACAUCCUGCUGGCCAGGUUCAUAUUAUUGCACAAGAUAAUCAUUGAAUUGGUUUUCCAGUAUUGAGGAACUAGAGAAAUGGCCACUACACAGUCUGUCUUCACGUUUGCUCUCUGCAUUUUAAUGAUAACUGAAUUAAUACUGGCUACAGAAAGCUAUUAUGAUAUCUUAGGAGUUCCAAAAACUGCAUCUGACCGCCAGAUCAAGAAGGCGUUUCACAAGUUGGCUAUGAAAUACCACCCAGACAAAAAUAAGAGUCCUGGUGCAGAAGCAAAAUUUAGAGAAAUUGCUGAAGCAUAUGAAACAUUAUCAGAUGAGAACAAACGAAGAGAAUAUGAUCAGUUUGGCCGUCAUGGAGGACAAGGGAAUAAUGGAAGCCCAUACCGUCAGUCAUUUAAUUUCAACUUUGACGAUCUGUUCAAAGACUUUGAUCUCUUCAGUCAAAACUCACGGUCAAAAAAGCACUUUGAAAAUCACUUCCAGAGUCAUCGGGAAGCUCACAACCGGCAAAGACGUUCUUUCCAAGAGUUCUCCUUUGGAGGUGGACUGUUUGAUGAUGUGUUUGAGAACAUGGAAAAAAUGUUUUCGUUUAGUGACUUUGAAAAUGCACACCGGCACGCCGUGCGAACUGAUGCCAGGUUUCACGGAUCCAGCAAGCACUGCAGGACUGUCACUCAGCGACGAGGAAACAUGGUGACCACGUACACAGACUGUUCAGGACAAUAGUGUUUCCUUUCUUUUCAUCUCUUCUUCCAACAUCUUCAUGAUCUUUCUUAACUUUGUCCUAACUUGGAAAAAAAAAAUCUUAACUGUUCUAAAAAACACUUAACUGCAAUAAAGAAAUUGUAGAUGAAACUAAUCUUCAGAAUAGAAACAACGUAUAUUUGGGAAGUAAAUGUCUCAGUAAGUACUUAAAAUGGGAGAGAAAUAAUCUCACAGGACAGAAAAUGCUAUGGAUUUGAGUUUAGUAAAUUCUGUAAUUUUGAACUUCAACACAAGUAUUUUUAAUUUCAGAAAUAUAUUUUUUUCAUAUAUGCCAAUUCAGGACUUUAAGUUACUGGUGUGUGGAUUGCAGCAGAGGAGAUGAUACUUUAAUUUUGAAGUGCUGCUUUUCUUUUUUUAUCACAUCUUUCCAAGUUUGCACUCGCAGUUUUUACCUGAUAAGGACUUACUGUGCAAGUUAGAUAAUUUACACAAAAUAGUGGCAGAAAUAUGACUUACCUGGGUCUUUUUUACUCUUUGUCCAGCAUUGCAAAUGUAUUAAUGAAAAAAAAUACUUUCUAAAGCUGGAAAAUAACAAGAGAGAAUGUUAAGAUUGUGCUUCGCUUAGGAGAGUGAUGUAGUCAUUUACUUUUAUUUACAAAUAGCCUUUCAUUGGCCUGAAAGAUUUUAGGAUUUGAAUAACCCCAGAUUUAAGGGAUAUUUGUGCAUAUAAGCUUGUGUGCACACAAAGCCUUGUUUGUUUGUUUGUUUGUUUGUUUUCCUUCCAACAUACAAAUAUCUUUCAAACAGGUUUGGAAGAGCACACCGAAAACACUCUUUGUUUUAUGCCUAUUACAUUACCAUGUGUGCAGUGUUGUUUCUGUAGCUCAGUUUAUUGAACUUAAAUACUCCUAUGUGUUUUUGUGAACUUUAACAAGACAAGCUUGCCUACAGAUUUCUAGUGUUUCUGGAAGGGCCUAAAUAAAAAAUAGAUUGUUUUGAUUGACAGAUUUAUUACCUGUCAUCAGGAAUUUUUCAGCACUGUGAUUUGAAAGGUGAAUUUUUAGCAUAAACACAUAGUACAAGUGGAAAUUACAAUUGUAUUUACCUGAUGCCUUGUGGUGCUGCAGUCUGCUAAUAGGGACAGUACUAAAUGGGCAUAAGUUUUCAGCACCAUGGAGAUGAAUGACCUGUAUAAAUGAUUUAAAACUACAAAAGAAAGCAAACAAGAAAACCCUGAAUAUUCUAACUGAUGUCAACCCAAAAAUUCCAUUUAUUUCUUAACUAGUAGUACAGGUUUAUGAUUGUAAAUUGCUUCCCUUUAAUAAGAUUACUGUCACCCACAUAUUACCAUCUCUGUAGAAUUACGCGAUAAAAAUUUGCCUUUCAGAUUGAUUGCAUGAGCAAAAUGAGCAUUUUAAACAGCAGUGUUCUACGUAGACUUCGAGUUCUUAAAAUCCUUACCAAAAGAGAUUUAACCCUUCACUUCUUGGAUGAAUAUUGAAAGCUGCCUAUUUGCUAAGUAACCUUCCCCAAGGGGUACAUAGUAUUGCUUAUUCAGUUUUCACUCACUAAAUACUUGGAAUGGAUUGUUGCAUUAUGUUAAGUGCUUUUCCUUUUCCAUGUUCUUCUUUAUUUAUUAAUAGACUAAUACCUCAUAUAUGGUCUUUAUAAAAAGCCAGUAAUUUGUGCAACUUUAUUGGAAUGUGCAAUAUUCUUUAGUAGGAAAAGUGCUGGAGUGUGUUUAUUUCCACCCUUUUUUAAUGUAAGUAGAGAUUUUUAGUUUCUUCUGUAUGAUUAAUAUAUGAUUCAACCAAAAGUUGUAA